UAAACCCCUAUAAAUACCUACACCUUCUCUUCAUUUAUAUUCAUUCAAUAACCAUCAAAACACCGAAUAUAUCUUUGAGAAAACAAGAAUGGCUUCAAAGAACUCAGCCUCUCUUGCUCUUUUCUUUGCUCUCAACAUCCUCUUUUUCACCUUAACCGUUGCAACUAAUUGCAACUGCAAGCCAAGUCCUAAACCCAAGCCAGUCCCAAGUCCUAAACCCAAGCCGGUCCCAUGUCCUCCUCCAGUUCGUCCUUCGGUCCCAACUCCAUCAGUCCCAAGUCCUAAUCCUAGGCCGGUCACACCUCCAAGCACCCCUGGUUCAUCUGGAAACUGCCCUAUAGAUGCUCUCAAGCUCGGUGUAUGUGCAAAUGUCCUAAGCAGUCUACUUAACAUCCAGUUGGGUCAGCCAUCAGCUCAACCAUGUUGCUCGCUUAUCCAAGGUUUGGUUGACCUCGACGCUGCGAUUUGUCUCUGCACUGCUCUUAGGGCUAACGUUCUUGGCAUCAACCUUAACGUUCCAAUAUCUCUCAGCGUUCUUCUCAACGUUUGUAACAGAAAGGUUCCGUCCGGUUUCCAAUGUGCUUGAACGAUACCAGCUAUGCAUACGAUGCGAUGCCCGUACACAAUAUACUCUUCAAAAUUACUACAGUUUGAAUAAAUGCAUGUAAUCUAGAGUUAUAUGAAUCUUGAUUUGUUAAAGAUAAAAAACAAAUGUGUGAGAUUUUUAUAGUUUUUUUUUUUUUUGUAAACGUCGUCCCCCGCCGUCCAGGCUUGUAUGCUUUUGUUGCAAUCUAUUUUUGUUUCAACGAAAUUUUAGUGAAAGAAAUUUCGUAACCAA